AUGAUACAAAUUCCUGAUAAAAAUACAAACAUGUUUAUAGAUAUCAGAACUUCUCUUUUCGCUAUAUAUUUAUUUUUAAUAGGUGAUUCAAGUGCAUUAUCCAAUUGGCAAUAUGCAGAUAAUCCAUCAAUGGCAAUAUUGAUUGUUUUAUUUUCCCUCUUAAUUGUUGUAUAUCUUAUGAAUUUGUUAAUUGGGUUACUCAAUAAUGCAAUUGAAGAAGAUAAUAAUAGAGUAUCAUACUUGUUACAGAAGGCAGAGAUUUUGGCAGAGAUUGAGUUAUUUUACCUAUUACCACAUCAGAGACGUUGGAAUACAUGGUUUCCUGAAGUAAUACAUUAUUAUGCUGAUGCUGAUAAGGCUCGAAUGGAAAUUAAAAGAUUGAUUGAAAAGAAUGAAUGGGAUACUAAGGAAUUCACAGAUUUGCGAAAAAAUUUAUUAAAAGUGCUUGAAAUUAAACAUAAACAUAUUGACAAUGAGGUAAUAUUGAAGAAAUUAGAAAAAUUAGAAGAUUUAGAAAAAACUUAUGAUAAGAGAUUCGAAAAGUUAGAGAAGUUAGAAAAAUUAGAGAAAUUAGAAAAAUUAGAGAAUUUUAUCAUUGGAAUUAUUGA